GAAACGUGAACGUGUUCACAACUCUUUUUUUUCAGUUGCGACAGCGUGGUGACUCAAGUCAAACUAAAAUUGAUAAUAAGGAAAAAAAAGAACAUAAAUAUUAAACAUUUAAUUUAUCAAAUAGUUACUAGAAUCAAAUUUUGUGCAAAAUGGUUGAUGAAAAGGCACCGGGAAUAAAGGAGUUCUUCAAGGGACGGGAUAUUUUUAUCACUGGCGGGUCUGGUUUUAUGGGUAAAGUGUUGAUUGAGAAGCUGUUACGAUCGUGUCCAGAUUUAAAUCGAAUUUUUGUGCUGAUUCGUGGAAAAAAGAAUAAAACGUCCGAGCAGCGACUGGAAGAGUUGGGAAAAGUGCCCGUUUUCGAUCGACUGCAUCAGGAGCUACCGAAUCAUUUCAGUAAAUUGUGCGCAAUCAAUGGAGAUUGUACGCAAAUAGGUCUUGGCAUCAGUGAUGAGGACUUUAAGCGAAUGGAGAAUGUGUCGGUGAUUUUCCAUUCGGCGGCUAGUGUGAGAUUUGAUGAUGCACUGAAAAAUGCAAUUUUGCUAAAUACGCGCGGAACCGUUGAGGUUAUGCGGUUGGCCGAAAAACUCAAACAAAUUCGUGUUGUUCUCCAUGUGUCGACGACCUACUGUAAUCCAACAAAGAAAAUCGUCGAAGAGAUGAUCUAUCCGCCGAACGGUGACUGGGAGAUGGCCAUCAAAAUUGCCGAAAAGUAUGAUGAAACCACAUUGAAUGCAUUGACACAGAAAUUCACCAAUGCAGAGCCUAAUACGUACACAUUCACAAAGGGAUUGGCUGAACAGGCCGUUAAAGAUUUUAGUGAUCGAUUGCCCGUCGUUAUCUUUCGACCGUCGAUUGUUGUGAGUUCACUGGACGAACCGAUGCCGGGAUGGAUCGAUAAUUUCAAUGGUCCAACUGGUUUAUUGUUGGCUUGUGGUUUGGGAUUGUUGCGCACUACGUACGGUGAUCCAGAUGUAGUGAGCGAUUUCACGCCCGUUGACACCUCAAUCAAGGCGAUGAUAGUCGCCGCCUGGAAACGUGGGGUCGAAUCCGAACUACCCGAAGUUCCCGUUUACAACUGUUCAACAUCCAUUCAGCGUAAAUUUACCACCGGAUUCAUUGUCGAAAUGGGACGAAAGCUAGCGCCCGAUGUGCCAAUCGACAAAAUGAUUUGGUUGCCCGGAGGCAGUAUCACCAAAUGCAAAUACAAUAACUACAUUCGGUUUAUUCUAUUCCAACUGUUUACUGCAUUUUUCAUAGAUUUCGUGUUCAAAUUGACGGGGCAACGACAAUUUGUCGCAAAAUUACAGCGUAGGAUAUAUGGUGCAAAUUUAGCCCUGCACUAUUUCAUUACCACGCAUUGGGUAUUUAAAAAUGCAAAAUUCUUGGCGCUGAAUGACAUCAUCAAAACCGAAGACAAUGAGGAUUUUCGAUUCGAUCGCUUCGUGACCGGUGACAUCAGAAAGUACUUCAUCGCUUGCAUGUACGGCGCUCGACGUUAUUUACUUAACGAAAAGGAUGAGAACCUACCUCGAGCCAGACGCAAUUACAAAAGAUUUGCUCUGGCUCAUUAUACAUUGGUGCUGGUGUGGUACACUUUCCUCUUUUACACGAUCUUCAUUAAAUACAAUAUUCUCGGAAGAAUCUGGGCUUGGACUGAUUUUACUAAAUAAACUGAAUUUUCAAUAAUAAAAUGAAAACAGAAUCGAGAGAAA